AUGGCUGAAGUGGCGAGCGGCAUCGACGGCAAAAGGCGCAACCUGCCUCGAGGCGGAGGCGGCAAGUACAAGUGGUCGUUGCAGCCACACCACGCCAUCCAGUGGCAGAAAGACUGGCUCGACCUGGCAGCGAAGCUUUUCAACACCGACGCCGACGACGUGCUCCUCACUCAAGAUGAAAAGAACGAGGUUCUCAGCCUCCUCGCCAGGAAAAUCACGGAUUCCAACAUUUCGUAUUACAGUCGGGCGGUCAGAGCCUGCAAGAUCGUGGACAGCGUCAGCAGAAUGUGUUCCGGAAAGGGGACCUGCUCCGGGGUCAACUUGUUUACAGCGCUGCUCAGGUACAGUCUCAUGCCACCGUCCGCCUGGCUCGGCGUGCGAGACAUCCGUCAGGGCUUGGCGGCUCUCCAGUUUCUCGAGCGCUGUUCCAAUGGAAAGGAUACGUACACUGCGGAGAAGGUGAGGGAAGUCAUGAACAUGGAGCCAGUCGUUGCAGCUGAGCCCCAGCAGCGAGAUGAUGAUCUGGGACUCCUCUUGCCUCCGUUGAGGAGAGCGAGCACGUUUGAGAACCCGGCUCCUCCGUCCACGGCGACCGAGUCCUCCAUGAUGGGAGUACGGCCGUGGACUCGGGCCAUGACCACGUUUUUCUCACCACCGAAGCCUGCAACGGAGUUGAACGCAGCCUUGAAGCCGGCCGGACAGAACGAGACGACGCCUUCCAAGCAAGUGUCGAAACCCAGAAAGAUAAAGACACCUCAAAAGGGAAAGGAAAGUCCCGCGGCCAAGAGCGCCUCAGCGAAGGCCAAAGGAAAGAAAAUAGCCCAGGUUAGCGACGAGGUCGGCUCCCCUACCAGCGGUACUCUUCGCACCCAGCGGAAGCGACGUACCGCUCCCGCAGACAAAUCCAUCACGGAUGCCCAUCUCGCAAGCAUGUUCAAGGCGACCGAGGUCCUCGGCAAGGUGGCUCAGUACGAAGAGGAAUGCGUCCGUGAGAUCGCACUCUCGACCUUUGUCGCCGAUCUCCAGAAGGCGCGCUGGGACGACCUCGAGAAGUCAGUCAAGCAGCUGAUCAAGGACACCGAAUACGAGUCCCGAGCGUUCCUCGCCGGCGUGAUCGUCAGCAGGACGUAUGAGCGGAUCAACAAGGCCCUCAACCUGGAACCUGCCCCGAACACCGCCCACGACAAGAAGUUCAAGUCGAGCAAGGUCCUCAUAAAGAAGCCGAAGCCGAGCCGGACCAGCCCUGUCAAAGCAGCGCCAGGUGGCCGCACAACGAAAAUUCUUUUCAAAAGCGGUUAG